UAUAUACAUUAUUGAUUAUUCAGCUGACCCGCCGAUUCUGUAUCUCUGAUCUCUCAAUCAGUCCGUACGAUUUUUUCAUCUUGCUUUUUCUUCUCUCAGUCCAUUCGUGGUUCCCGAUUUUCCAAGCUCGUCGGCCAUGGCUACUCAAGGUCAAGUCAUCACCUGCAAAGCGGCGGUGGCCUGGGAACCCAACAAGCCGUUGGUGAUCGAAGACGUGCAGGUUGCUCCGCCGCAGGCCGGCGAGGUGCGGAUCAAGAUCCUCUUCACUGCUCUCUGCCACACCGAUGCCUAUACUUGGGGCGGCAAGGAUCCUGAGGGUCUCUUUCCAUGCAUUCUUGGUCACGAGGCUGCAGGGAUUGUGGAGAGUGUUGGUGAAGGUGUGACUGACGUUCAGCCUGGAGACCAUGUCAUCCCCUGUUACCAAGCAGAAUGCGGGGAGUGCAAGUUCUGCAAAUCAGGGAAGACAAAUCUCUGCGGCAAAAUCCGUGCUGCCACUGGAGUUGGAAUUAUGAUGAAUGAUCGCAAGUCCCGCUUCUCUGUAAAUGGAAAGCCAAUCUAUCAUUUCAUGGGAACCUCAACAUUUAGCCAGUACACUGUUGUUCAUGAUGUUAGUGUUGCAAAGAUAGAUCCAAAAGCUCCUUUAGAUAAAGUAUGCCUUCUUGGAUGUGGUGUUCCAACUGGUCUUGGAGCUGUUUGGAACACGGCAAAAGUAGAACCAGGGUCCAUUGUUGCUAUCUUUGGUCUUGGAACUGUUGGCCUUGCGGUUGCAGAGGGUGCAAAAGCAGCUGGUGCUUCAAGAAUUAUUGGUGUAGAUCUUGACAGCAAGAAGUUUGAUGUUGCAAAGAAUUUCGGUGCUACAGAAUUUGUGAAUCCAAAGGACCAUGACAAACCAAUUCAACAGGUCCUUGUCGAUCUCACGGAUGGUGGUGUUGACUACAGUUUCGAGUGCAUUGGAAAUGUCUCUGUGAUGCGCGCUGCUCUUGAAUGCUGCCACAAGGGCUGGGGAACAUCAGUUAUUGUUGGUGUGGCGGCGUCUGGACAGGAGAUAUCAACUCGACCUUUUCAGCUGGUGACUGGUCGUGUCUGGAAAGGAACUGCCUUUGGGGGCUUCAAGAGCCGUUCACAAGUGCCUUGGCUUGUUGACAAGUACAUGAAAAAGGAAAUCAAGGUUGAUGAGUACAUCACUCACAAUUUGACUCUUGGGGAGAUUAACAAGGCAUUUGAUCUGAUGCAUGAAGGAAGAUGCCUCAGGUGUGUGCUUGCAAUGGAUUUGUGAAGGUUUCCACGAGGGGCAUCUUUUCCCGGUUCCUCGAGGAUUUGAGCUUGGUUCCUCGAGGAUUUGAGCUUGUCUCUGGCUUUUCACUAUUGCCCCUCGUGUUCGUGAAGUUAAGAAACCGAAAAAAUGGGUGCCUUAUUGAAGUUGUCUUCUUUUUUUCUCUUGUUAUGACGAAGUUAAAAAGACCUUGGUGUGAGUAAGCUCUGCUGAACUUGUUUUCUCCUUUUUCCCCUUGUGGUAAUGAAGCAAAAAAUAUCCUAAAUAAAGUGGAUGUUGUGUUGAACUCGCC